GCGGGUCCCGGCCAGAUGUGCACGGCCCGCCCCGCCCUCCCUGGCGCGCCCGGCCCCGCUGCACGGGGACAGGAGCCGCGCGCGCCUCGCCGGGGCGCCUCCACCGCCCGCUGCGACCGCGCCGGGGAGCGGCGGAGGCCCCGAGCGGCCGAGGAGAGCGGAGGCGGCCGGCCCGCAGCGCCCCGGGGCCCGCGCCCUCCCGAGGGGGCGCAGCAGGAGCGGCGGGAGGCGGCGGAGGGAGGCCCCGGCGCCACGAUGCCGCGGCCCUGGGCCCUGGCGCUCCCGCUGCUGCUCCCCUGGGUGGCAGGUGGAUCGGGGGACGCGGCCAGUGCAAAGGAUCGUGGGCUGUCAACGUCCACACCGCAGCCCGGGCUCUGUCGCUACGGAACUAAGCUGGCCUGCUGCUAUGGCUGGAGAAGGAACAGCAGGGGAGCCUGUGAAGCUUUGUGUGAACCCGGAUGCAAGUUCGGGGAGUGCGUGGGACCGAACAAAUGUAGAUGCUUCCCGGGAUACACCGGAAAGACGUGCAGUCAAGACGUGAAUGAGUGUGGACUAAAACCCCGGCCGUGCCAACACAGAUGUGUGAACACACACGGGAGCUACAGGUGCUUUUGCCUGAGCAGCCACGUGCUCAUGCCGGAUGCCACGUGUGCGAACUCGAGGACAUGUGCCAUGACAAGCUGCCAGUACAGCUGCGAAGACACAGAGGAAGGGCCUCGCUGUCUGUGUCCGUCCUCGGGGCUCCGCCUGGCGCCUAAUGGAAGAGUUUGUACAGAUAUCGACGAAUGUGCCUCUGGGAAAGCUGUCUGCCCUUACAAUCGAAGAUGUGUGAACACAUUUGGAAGCUACUACUGCAAAUGUCACGUUGGUUUUGAACUGAAAUAUGUCCGUGGCCGCUAUGACUGUGUAGAUACAAAUGAAUGUGCUGGGAAUACCCAUCCGUGCAGCCUCUAUGCCAACUGCCUCAAUACCCAAGGAUCCUUCAAGUGUAAAUGCAAGCAGGGAUACAGAGGCAAUGGCCUUCAGUGUUCCGUGAUCCCUGAAAAUUCUGUGAAGGAAGCCCUCACGGCCCCUGGUACCAUCAAAGACAGAAUCAAGAAGUUGCUGGCUCACAAAAACAGCAUGAAAAAGAAGAUAAAAAUCAAAAAUGUCAUCACAGAACCUUCUGGAACUCCUGCCCCUGAGGUUAACCUGCAGUCCCUCAACUCUGAAGAGAGUGUUUCCAGAGGUAGGAACUCUGAUGGAGGAAAAAACCGAAAUGAAGAGAGAAAGAAAGAGGGGCUCGAGGAAAAGAAGAGAAAGGAGAAAACCCUGAAGAACCACGUGGAGCGGGAGCAAAGCCUUCGAGGAGAUGUGUUUUUCCCGAAGGUGAACGCAGCGGGUGAAUUGGGUCUGGUUCUGGUCCAGAGAAAAGCUGUCACAUCCAGGCUGGAACACAAAGCAGAUUUAAAUAUCUCAGUUGACUGCAGCUUUGAGCACGGGGUCUGUGACUGGAAACAGGAUAUAGAAGAUGACUUUGACUGGAAUCCUGCUGAUCGAGAUAAUGCUCAGCGUUUGUCACCUUUGGAAACUUCUAGACCUUCCGAAGUCUGCCCUGAUGAAUGGCUCCAUUGGUUCAGUAUCUGUGUCCCGCCUUAUCCCUCUUACCCCCACCCACCCACAUACAGGAUGUUCUAGCGAAACUUUUCCAUAGUCACUCCUGCUGCCGAGAGACAGAUGUUAGAACUCGUGAACAUUUUUGACUUAUAAAGAAAAAAACCCUAUUUUUUAAGUAAUCUCUGUGCCCAAUGUAGUGCUCAAACUCAUGACCCCAAGCUCAAGAGCCACAUGCUCUACCAAGUGAGGCAGCCAGGGCCCAAGAAUUCAUGUACAUUUUAAGAGUAUUGGGGGAAGGGUAGAAGGAAGCUGUUCUUUUCCCCAGUUUGGCAGCUCAUGGUGCUCUGUAGUUUUUGUUUUGCUUUUUGUGGGGAAAUAAAUCUGGAAAGGAAAUAUGACCUCUGCCUAAACCUGAAGUUUUAGUAAAGCCACCCCUCAAAGUAGCAACACCAUGAUGAGCAUCGGGUCAGCAACCUGAACUUCUGGACUGAAUGUUCCCCUCUGUCGCUUGCAGAUUCCUUUCUGGCCGCUCACACUGGGAUUUUUCUCGACUUCAGCUCUGAGCUGUGGAAUUCGAGCACUUUCCACUUCUUGCUUAAACACUAUUGACGGGCCCUAGCUUUCCCCUUGGGUAGAGCAUUUUGGCUGAUACAACCCACUUGGAGCAUAAAUCGAGGCCCUGUCUCCUGAGGCUGACAGGUAGAGGUGUAGGUAGAGACAUCUCUGGGGACUCGACUUUCUUACCAAUCCAUUUAUUUAUUUGGGAAUCUACAAGUUCAGCCCUCAGUUACAAGAUCCUUCUCCUGGAUCCUUCCUCUAGACUAGUUCCUCCCUUAGACCUUGCCUUUCAAGCCUUCACACGCAACCAGGAAACCUGGAUAUCCCCCAACAAAAAUUCCUUGCAAAACUUGAGGUUAGGGUAGAGGGGGUACAUCUCACGCGGCAAGUUGUGUGAGUGGAACUAUCGCCGAAGAUUCAAGGCAGGUUUAACCAGUCCCAAGACCAUAUAUCUUGGGAGAGCCUGUCUGGUCAAUAGCUAACUUGCAUUUCUCCUUUCUUCCAUCAUGACAUCUCCAAGUUUCUAUCCGCCAGAGCCACAUCAUACAGGGAGCCCGUAGGUUAUUCCAGAAUCUUGACAACUCACACAGUCAGCAGGGUCUUCAUGUGGAGUUUUCCAGCAAUGGAAAGUCCCCUGUUGACAAACGCGAUUCACAAAUGGCCUCAGGUUUCCCAGCCUUUGUGUCACUCAAAUCGUACGUUCUUCCCCCCUGCGCCCCGUUCAGAUCUCUAGGUGGGUUCGUCUUUCCCUGAGGAAACGUGGGAUGAAUCAGCAUUUCUAGAAGGAUAAAAUCUCAAGGACAAAUCAAAAUGGGCUUUAGGUGAGAGAGUAGGGAAAUCUGCCCCGGUGGGUCACAGAAGAGAGGGUGUCACUGGUGGAGUGGCAGUGGCUAAAGUGUAGGAUGCCUACGUUUCAGAUUAGCAGGAGAAUACUUUUUAGUACAUCUCAGACAGGUCGUUUAUCUGAAAUUCAAGCUCUCCUGAGCAUCCUGUAUCUCUAUUUGCUGAAUCAGGCAACCUGAGCAGCUGGGGAAAAGACCAGACAGUCUCUGAGUCCAGUGAAAACUAAGGCAAGGUCAACCUGGGUCCUUCAAGUGACGCUGGGAAUAUACUAGCAGAAGACUCCGGGCCCCCACCCCCUACCCCCAAUGCAUUCCUCCUGGCUUCCGUACGAAUGCUUUCUUUUCGUCAACUUCUUUAGACCCCCAUUCCCUGAGAGUUUUUUGCCCAGGUUCUUCAAAGCCACAAGCAGAGGACUGAAGAUGAGCUAUACUUAGGACAUGGAUCUUAGAAAUAGAAGGAGGUGUGUUCCAUUCCUCAAUCGGAACUCGGACUGAUACGUUACAGGCGGUAGUUGAGCUCCAUGAAACCAUUAGGACAAAUUCAUGUAUGUUGUGGAUUAAAUACCACCCUACCUAAGGAGCUGGCCGUCAUACAUCUCAUUGACUCUGUGGGAAAAUGCAGUCCAAGGUUCAAACAACCAAGGUGGAAAGUUCUGGAACACGAGUUCUCCAUCAGCUGCCAAAAGACUAUUUCAUUAGAUUCUCACCCCGUCUCUGCUUACCACCGCGCUUUGUGUGUGUGGACAGAUUCCGCCGUUUGUCUAGCCUUCGCUUUCCCUUUCCAUACCACAAAGGAUUUCAGCUCUGUGAUCCCUAAAAUCCAUUUUAGCAUGAAAUUGUUUUUCCUGUGUUGGAAAUGAGAGAGACUUCAGCUUUCCCUUCAGGAGACUAUCAUUCAUUUUUUUUUUCAUUUUGUUUUUUAUAAAAAAUGGUUUUUUGUUUUUUUAAUGUUUAUUUCUUUUUGAGAGAGCGAGAGAGACAGAGCAGGAGCAGGGGAGGGGCAGAGAGAGAGAGGGAGACACAGAAUCUGAAGCAGGCUCCCGGCUCCGAGCUGUCAGCACAGAGCCCGAGGCGGGGCUCGAACCCACGCACCGCAAGAUCGUGACUUGAGCCGGAGUCAGACGCUUAACUAACUGAGCCACUCAGGCGCCCCCUAUGUGUUUUUUUAAGAUUUUGAAUCCGGUUAUCAUUCAUCUUCUGUGCUAUUCUAUACCCCGAAGCCAGACCCUUUACAAUGGCCUCAUUAACUGCGCAUUUUUCU